AUCCUAGACAUUCAGUAAGAGCCUCAAAUAGUUUGAGAUAUCGUCCACUACACGAGUGAUUCGCGACGAGUAAUCUGCCAAAGGCAGUCAGUCUCUGAUACUGCUGACUGUUUUCUUGGUCAGCUGGUUUAGAUCACUGACUUGGCUCCUUUCAGCUGUUGACUGUGUGGCAAGCUUCUUACCGGGCUGUCCGAACUCCAGACUCAUGACUUCUUUUAUCCGUCUUCCUAUCGGUUGAAGUUACGCCCAAUGUAUCCCAAUGGCUACCAUACGCCUCCUCCAUAUCCUCCUCCUACUUGGGGAGGAGGAUAUCCGCCUCCGCAUGGCCAAUAUGCACCGCCUCCUGGACCACCUCCAAUGCUAGGGGGAUAUCCCGGUAGACCAGCAACAUAUCCUCCUCCACCGGGUAGACCGCACAGUCUUCCUCCCCAACAUACUCGAGUGCAUACUUUGCCUCCUACUUCUGCUCCGGUAUUACCACCGCGGCCUAGUCCACGACCCAGUCAGCGGCCUAGUUCAAUAUCCAAUCCGAUACUACCAUACCAAAAUUACCCUCCGCCAUACACGUCAUUACCACCCACACCUCCUCAAACACCACAAUCAUUUGGCCACGGUGCUCCCUCAAGCUACCAAUUCCAAUACUCAAACUGUUCCGGGAAACGCAAAGCACUACUAAUUGGCAUCAACUACUUCGGCCAAGCCAACCAGUUAAAAGGAUGCAUCAACGAUGUCACUCAAAUGUCGAUUUUCCUCAACAAGGUUUAUGGCUAUCGACGAGAGGAUAUGGUGAUUUUGACGGAUGAUCAGAGUAAUCCGUUGAGUCAACCGACGAAAGCGAAUAUUAUUCGGGCGAUGUAUUGGUUGGUCAAGGAUGCUAUGCCGAAUGAUUCGUUGUUUAUUCAUUUUUCGGGACAUGGUGGUCGGACGCCUGAUCUCGAUGGCGAUGAAGAUGAUGGAUUCGACGAUGUGAUUUAUCCGGUCGAUUACAAAUCCGCAGGUCACAUCGUGGAUGAUGAGAUGCAUGAUAUUAUGGUCAAACCACUCCGACCCGGCGUUCGACUCACAGCCAUAUUCGACUCGUGCCAUUCCGGAACUGCACUCGAUCUCCCAUUCAUCUACUCCACACAGGGAGUGUUAAAAGAACCAAAUCUAGCCAAAGAAGCAGCCCUAGACCUCUUCAGCGCAUUCACUGCUUACGGAAAAGGCGAUUUAGGAGGCGUCGCCCAAACGGCUAUUGGAUUCUUCAAGAAAGCAACAAUCGGCGACUCGGCACGUGAAAGAAGGAUGAUGACCAAGACCUCGCCUGCGGAUGUAGUCAUGUUUUCAGGAUCGAAAGAUACGCAGACUUCGUAAGUCAUUACGAAUACUUCUGAAAGUAAAGAUGGCUGAUGUUCCGACCUAGCGCCGACACAUUCCAAGGCGGACAGGCCCGAGGAGCCCUAAGUUGGGCAUUCAUAGAAACAUUGAGACAGUACCCGAAACAGAGUUAUUUGCAAUUACUCAACAAUAUCAGAGCAAAGUUGGAGCGUGAUUAUUCUCAAAAGCCGCAGUUGAGUUGUAGUCAUCCUUUGGGUAUGUUCCCUGCCUUGCCAUAUUCGUAUGUAUAUACUGAUGCAUGACAGAUGUACAUUUGCUGUUUGUUAUGUGAGCCGACCUGCUCGCAAGAAGUAGUAAGGUCAAGUCUAAACUUUUGGGAUGUCAUCAUAAAUCAUCAUGUCGGGAGCGUUAUGGUUAUAAACUUCCAUCAGCCCAUCGGAUUUCGUAUCCAUAUACAGUGCGACGAAGUGUUUCGUCCUAUAGAAGUCAGAACAUGUCUCCAUGGAUAGAAGAAUAUCAUUCAUAGCAAGGGAAUAUAGAAACAUACCCCAGGAUCAUCCUCAAACAAAGCCUUAUCCAUAAUUUUCUCAAAGACUGGGGUUACCACAAACCCAUUCUGCUCAGCCAAGGGGAAAAACUUCUCCGUCUUGGGAAGUAACCAUGGCUGAUACGGCGUAAAUAUAACCAACGCCACAGCAUCCCUCGACCUUUUCAAAGUCUCCUGCAUAGUCUUGAUAAGAUUCGGAUGCUCCCGAUGACUAUACACCACAUCCGCCAUAAUCAACGUAUCAAACGCUUUCUUCGCUGUAUCAACCGGUAAGAAAGACAUAAUCUCCUCCGUAUCCGCACCCCAUUUAUAUCCCGCAACAUGCAAUUUACUCCCCGGGGGUAUCAUGGACGACGCAGCCUCGGCGUUUCGUCGCAUAUUAUCCACGAGAUCAGGAUCGGAAUAGUCUGUCAUUACCACUGUGCGCGCACCUUUAAUUGCAGCAAUGAUGCUGGGUACACCUGCCGCAGCACCGAUUUCAAGUACAUCUUUAUUUGCGACGAGCCGGGGGGCGUUUUCUUCGAGGUAUUCGGCGCUUACUCGUCCAGCGUUCCAGAGCAUGUUA